AGCCCGCGGCGGCAGACGCUCCCAGUCUGCGACACAACAUGGCGGUGACGGUUUUCCUGCUCGUGGUGUUCACGCUGGUGACGCCAUCUAUAUCCCUCCCGUUGCCGCAAGACGUCAGCACCGCUGUGGACUCUGAUGUCGUGUUUAUCGUGCCUGGUUCCGAUGAGCCAGAGAAGCCUCCCGGGUACCAGUACCAGCAGCUGAACCCGGCAGACGGCAGCUACAAAUUCGCCUACGAGAACGAGGACGGGGGCUUCCGGGUGGAGCAGCGGCUGGGCAGCGGGCAGCUGAGGGGCAUCGCGGGCACCAGGGCCGCCGACGGCACCGUGGUCGACGGGUUCAGGUACAGCUAUGAGGGGUACGGGUACAAGCAGGAGCCGUACACCUCGGAGCAGGUACCGACAUUCCUGCGCAGCGCUGCUGGACCCGAGGGUCUGCCGCAACUGGUGCGCAACCUGCAGCUCUUCCCCGAGUACUUCAGCUAGGGCGGGACAGGCGCAACUGCUGAACCAGGCUGUCGCGUACAGCGCUGGACGGUCGUGGCUAGUCGUGGAGGGUCUUCCGUAUCCGUGGAAAUGUCUUGCGCAUAACUGACGCGUACACAGCUGACUAUAAUGCAUUCUAACUGCUGCAAAAAUAACCAAUGUGGUUGUGGGGUCUAUUUCGUACAUCCUUUUCUCAACAAGAACCUUUGCUGUUUUUUUCGAAUGCUGUAAGCUGAGCUUGGCA